GAACUCUGAUCUCUCCCCACCCCACCCCUUGGGGGUUUCACGCGGACAGCGCCCCGGAGCCCAGGGCGUGUCGUCGGGUUUGGGAUCCACAUUUCAGCACUUCGGACAGCGCCCCGGUAGCUGGGACUCCUUGGUCUUUCAGGAUGGCAAGCCUUCAGCAGGGUGAGAAACAGCUGUUUGAGAAGUUCUGGAAAGGGACCUUUAAAGCGGUGGCCACUCCACGUCCCGAGAGCAUCAUCGUUGCCAGUAUCACAGCCCGCAAGCCACUGCCAAGGACAGAGCCCCAAAGCAACCCCUUGGUCUCAGCCCAGAGUGGACCUUCAGAAAAGCUGGGCCACCAUCUGGCCACGGAGACCUUCGGCACCAACAGCUGGGAGAAAGAGAAGCCCUGCAGGGAGCUGGGUCCUGGGCGAGCACACAGUGCCUCUCAAGACAGAGACCUGACACCACCACCUUCCUCCAGGGGGAAAAAGAAAAAGAAGAAAUCGACCAGGAAAAAGAGAAGGAGGUCCCCGUCCUACAGCCCAUCGCCAGUCAAGAAGAAGAAGAAGAAAAGCUCCAAGAAGCACAAGAGACACAGGUCUUUUUCCAAGAAGAGGAGACACAGCUCCUGCUGUAGCCCUAAAAGCAAAAGGCGGGAAGAGAAGGAGCGCAAAAAACAAUCCCGAAGCCGGAAAUCUCACCGCCAUAGACACCACCGCUGCGCCUCGAGGUCUCAGAGCUCGGAACUGCGCUCCUCCAGCUGUGAAAGCAGGCACCGAGGUAGAUCUCCUGAGGAAGGGCGGAAAUCCCGCCGAACACACUCCCGCCGCUGCUCCAAGAACCACUGCAAGGUCAGCCCAGAGGCCCGGUCCAGCCACCUGCCCAGCCAGCCCCUCCAGAGGCUUGGCUUCCUGUCAGCCAGGGGUGUAAUCUCUGGGUCGGGGUCUGCUGCUGAUCUCUUUAGCAAAUCAACCAGCCCGCUCACCGCCUCCCGAGGGCGCUCGCAGGAGUACGACUCAGGCAAUGACACGUCCUCGCCGCCGUCCACCCAAACCAGCUCAGCCAGGUCGCGGGGCCAAGAGAAGGGGAGCCCGGCUGGCGGCCUGAGCAAGAGUCGGGACCUCAACUGCGGCAACACUUCUGAUUCAGGAAACUCUUUCACCACCUCCUCCCCGCAGAACAAGGAGGCUGUUCUGGAGAAUGUCUCCCCCACACGCAGGAGCAGUGAGUCAAGAAGAUUUCAGUCUCCGUGUCUACAGUGUACUGAGGUGAAGAAGUCUAAUUUGGUCCCAUCCACAGCCCGAAGCUCCCCCAUCAAAGAGUGCUCCCGUAGCUCCUCCUACACCAGCACUCGAUCCUCCAGUCCCUCUUCCCGGUCCCCAAACCACAGAUCCUCUCCCAGGUACACCCGGAGCCGGUCCACCUCCUCUGAAAAAAGGUCCUACUCUCGCUCCCCCAGCUAUUCCUCCAAGUCUGGCAAGAGAAGCCCGCCCAGCAGAAGCUCGAGGUCUCGUCGAAGUCCCAGCUAUUCCCGCUACAGCCCCAGCAGAGACCCCAAGUAUGGUGAGAAGGAAUUGCAGCCCCGAGAGCGUGCACGCCGGAGGCGACGAUCCUACUCGCCCAUGAGGAAGCGCCGGAGAGAUUCCCCAAGCCACCUGGAGGCUCGAAGGAUAACCAGUGCCCGCAAACGCCCCAUCCCUUACUACCGACCCAGCCCCUCCUCAUCCAGCAGCCUCAGCAGCGCCUCCUCCUGGUACAGCAGCAGCAGCAGCCGCUCUGCCAGCCGCAGUUACUCCCGGAGCAGGAGUCCCAGCCGGAGCCGGAGCCGCAGCAGGAGCCAGACCCGGAGCAGGACGCGGACCAGCCGCAGCUCCAGCUCCCGCAGCCUCAGCCUGGGCUCCCGGAGCCGCAGUCGGAGUCGGAGCCUGAGCUACAGCUCAACAGAAAGCUAUGCCAGCACGAGGCGCUAAGCAAGGGCCCUCGCUCGAGCCAGCUGCCCACCGGGAAGACCCCUCAAUACUCUGCCAGUCUCCUUUACUACCUGCUUUUCAUGCCGGCUCCCUGGUGA